CGCUUUCCUUAAUCUUUCCCGUCGCUUGUAUUAAGCGAAGCAUUGUAUAUUACGAACUGCCAAAAGGUGAAUCAUAUGUAAAAAAAAAAAAACUGUCGAGGACCAAAGGUCCGAGUUCAAGCAAAGAUUUGGCACUAAUGAACAUAUCUGUUCAAUAAUCUAGUCUGACCGAGCAAACCUGCUAACAUCUUUGUCAUCAGGCAUCUUCACGCUAGUCAUACUUACGAAGCUCUUUGUUCCGUCCGGUUUAGGCUGUUCUAGCAGCUGGCAAGGAAAGCAGCAUCCUCAAGUCUCCAUAAAGUCGACUUUCCGAACGGCAAGGUUUUCUCUUUUGCGCCGCGUUUCUAUGAGAAAUACGGCAAUCCGUCCUCGGCUUCCAUCUGUCUUUUUCUCUCCACACGUCACUUUAUGUCCCUAUUAUGCCCCCGAUCACGACCUUGGCGAGGUUUGUCGACGCCGUUACAAAUCAGAAAAGGGGAGAACCAUUCGACAGCGACGAUGCCACCAGCAUAUACACAGGAGGAAGGCUGCUCAUCAUCAUCCUAAGCAGCGCCAUCCCAGUCGUGGCCAUCUCCUUGGCGGCUGUUGUGCUCUGUCUAUGCUGGAGGAAGAAAAGACGGCAGAUACGAGUCUUUUCGCGAACCGUUACACCUGUCGAUGAUGAGGAAAUUGCAACAUGGAAAAUCCCAAAGAGUGAGGAGGCCGGGUUUACGACCAUGGACGACACCGACGUAGAGGGAAAGAGCAGAUCGGCAACAGGGGAUCGUUUAAACACCAGCCAUGGGAAACAGCCAUCAACAAGCUCGGUAAAGAAGCCGGCAAGCGUCAUCGUCUACAUCAACCCUGACGAUCAAGCAGCUGGAGAAACCCGGAAAUCAUUCGACGAAGGCUUCAUGCCUCGGUCCGCCGCUCAUAGCACCCACAGCGGCUAUUAUGGAAGAACGAGCAUCGACCACACGCCACUACCACCAACCCCUAUCCUCGCAAGGGCUCCCAACUCCCGAGCCGGGCUCACAGACGACACGGUCCCCGGCGAUGUUCCAUUCAUACUGACGCCCAAGCGCCAGCCCUCUCGGCUGCACAAGCUACCGCCAGGUGCACAUGCCGUCGUAUCAUCACCAGGUCCGAGACAUGGGAGGAAGAAGAGUUCCAAGAGCAGCACCAGCAGCAUAGGUGGUUAUUCAAACUUCAACAACAACAACAACAACAACAACAACAACUACCACAACAACAACAGGGCGGCAUACUACCGAGGCGGAGGCUAUACAUCCGAUACAGGAAAGGGGUUUCCUGGGCGACAUUCCAUCGACCACGCUCGCACCCGUAGCAUGCACCAUUCACGUCUUCAGUCGGGAGUGACAGUUCCUCCGAGGCUGUCGCUUGGCGAUGAUGCGCUUUCAAGGAGACAGUUUUUGAGAGAAGAAGAAAUCGGACGGGCCAUUGGGUGAUUUGAGUUAUUGCCUACGCUUUGACUCUCUCUUCCAGUUCCAUCUCCAUCUCCGGCUGGCUGGAAAGCCAUGUUCAUUUUUUCCCCCCUACAGAUCCAUGAUCGACCAAUUCACACCGAGGUGCUGGAAGCUACCUUACUCAGUUUACAAAAGUUCUCUGGAUCUGAGGCCUAGUUAUGCCUUGGACACAUUAAUGCUGGCUCAUUGCCAAAAUGCAGGAACAUUUUUUUUUUGCUUUUCUUUUGUUG